CUACAUCUGUUCUACAUCAUUCGAUUCUCUCGAAAACGUGAGAACACCUGAGGGGAGAUUGGAUCAAGCACAAGAUAGAAGAAUAUUACAAAAAGAUGGACUCCACAAGAUCUCUCCAGUGGAUAGUUGACUUGGAUGGUGCUCAUGAUCCAAAGUACGGAACGCCACACAGGGCACCGAUCGUGGCAGCGACUCAUGAAAAUUUCAAAGAAUACGGCAAUUUAGUUACCGACUUCGAUGCUGAACAAAUUAAAAUCGUGCCCUGGCCAAUAUCUGGAAGACGACCGCUAUGCAGUGGAACAGGAAUAUUUGGCGGGGUUGCUGAAGGUGACUUCAUUCAUGACUGGGUUGGCGACCGGUGUAGGGCAACUAGUUUAGCUAUGGGUUGGGGAGUCGGGAGCGACUUUUUUGUAGGUCGUCUACCAAAGGGCGUUAAUCCGGAAAACAAGACAAGUGUUUUGGUUCGGGAGGCCAAUUAUCACCCGGAUGGAAGUCAAUGUUUCUUUCCUAAAGAUAAACUUCCAUUUGUGGCGCUGUUUGCUCUUCCUGGAGAUGAUGUCACUUUAGAGGAUUUCGUGGCGUUCUACUCCGACGGAAGUUUUGGGUUCCACAUUUUACCAAACGUUUGGCAUCAACCUAUGAUCCCAAUAAGUCAGAAAGCGGUGUUUAAGAACAAACAAGGGGCCGUCCACGCAUGCGUCAAUAUGGAUAUGGUUGAUGAGUUUGGGAAAUUUCUCUGCGUUCCUCUUACUCUCGACGGACAACAGUGAAACAAGCCAGUGACAUAUCAUUCUACGCUGCAUCAUUAAGAUACACAGCAAUAAUAUGGGCGAGGAAAAAUAUUAAAUGGUAUUACGUUCCAUGUGUCUUAAAAUCUUUUUAUACUGUUACUAUCGGUCACGUGCGAUGUUGUCGUUACAGUGAUGAAAAGUUUGUAGCGAUUGGCAAAUCACAAACUACGGAUAUGGAUAAAGGUGCAGUCCGUGGAUACAGGAUAGUUCGGAAAGUGUUAAGAGAAUAUAAGGGCCGAGGACAACUGCUGAUGCCUGCAAACAUGGAACGAACUAGUUUUGACGAACGGAAAAUAUCAAUACUGCGCUUGUAGAAAACUAAAGAGCUAUGUCAGAUAACCAGUGUCAUCAUCAUCAUCAUCAUCAUCAUCAUCAUCAUCAUCAUCAUCAUCAUCAUCAUCUUCAUCAUCAUCAUCAUCAUCGUCAUCAUCAUCAUCAGCGUCAUCAUCAUCAUCAUCAUC